AUGGUGCUUAUAAACGGCGUCAAAUACGCCUGUGAACGAUGUAUUCGUGGACAUAGGGUGUCUGCUUGUACUCAUACUGAUCAACCGUUAGUAAUGAUAAAGCCUAAGGGGAGACCGUCUAGCCAAUGUGCAUUUUGCCGUGAACAAAGGAAGUUGCGGAACCAUCAUGCUAAGUGUACUUGCGGUAAGAAGACAAACACAAAGAUGAAAUACCAUGAAAAUGGUUGUGCCUGUUCCAAUGAUGUAGGCACUGUUAAACUUGAGGGCCACUGUACCUGUUGUCACCCAAAGAAGAAAAAGUCACCACCGGAAAAAGAAAAAUUAGAUGAGCAGGAUAAGACUAAAAACCCUGGCCACAAACUGAAAACUGACACAAAGAAUGGAGACGAUUUGUUCCUUGAACAGCAACCCAUUAAUUCCGAGUUAGUUUCUUGGGAUAUGGGACUCUCGCCCUCCGUCUCAACAUCUAUAAUGGAAUAUCCGUCGUCAACUAAUUUAUUAGCCCAGGUCGAGAAAAGCAUGAGUUCUGGAUCUGCAGUAUCCGGGCCUCGUCAAGUUGGAAUGGAGCAGUUGGAUAACUUUCAUAGAGUCGGGGACGAUACGAAACAUGCCGGGGAGAUUUCAGUUCCUUUGACCGAGUAUACCCAACCACUACUCUCCAUGGACCAGAACCUUAAUCAUCUACUAAGAGAUAGGAAGCUGGAUGAUGCAUUGUCGUCGGCUUCUCGUGAAGCUUCCAGAAGUGCCUCUCGAGCCUCUAGAAGGGCGGGCGAUAACGAAGAGACCCCAAACACCUAUCAGAAUAUUCCGUAUCCCUUUUCCUCAGGAGGAUUGUUGGAAAUGCUUAACGAGGAAAAAUCCUACAAGUCGGAGAUACAUUCAUCCCGUACGGCAAGUAAACAGCAACAAUAUCCUCUUCAGCCACAAUCCACUUGGAACAGUGGAGGUAAUACGAGUACGAACACAAACGGAGCUGCUUCGUUUGGUCCCGAGGAAGUUUUUCCUCUGUAUCCUUUAAUUGGCCCUGGUGGUACCCCCGAUUAUGAACCUUACACAUCCCCUCCCUCUAACUUACAAGCGAACUUAACUGGUUCGAGUCAUAUUAGCUCAAAAUCCGGGACCUACUCCAGCCAUGCACCACACCAUCAUGGACAUCAUCACCAUCACCAUUUGAUGCAUCAGUUUACACCGUACUCAGCUCCAAAACCUGCUAAUAGUAUCCAUUCCAGCUCCAGCUCCGUUAGUAUUGGAGCCCAAGUUCCUGGUUCUGUAUCUCCAAGUCUUUCCUCUCAACGUUCGUUCCGCAGCAUGGACAGUACGGAUUCCUUGGUAGGGUUCCAGCUGAACAAUACAAAAACGAACGCUACUCUAACAAGGCUUGACGAAGAAUUUGGUGAUAUGCCGAUGAUGAAACCGGUAGCUACAGUUGUCAUGGAUGACAUCCUUGCUGGACCUUCUAAUAUAGGUGAAAAUGGAAAUCUACCAGGUAAUAAUGAAACUGGAACUUUGUCAGAGGAGCAGCCAGAUGAUUUCUUCUUUGGCCUAGAUAUGGGGGUCCCAUUGAACCGUUAA